AUGCAACCGGGUGAAAAAUACCAAAAGAAAUGGAGAGAGCAAAACCGGAGCACCACCAGAGAGAGCACCACCGGAGAAAUGGAGAGAGGACUGCUAGAGUGUUCCUCUUCGUCAAACUUGCCUUACUCGUCAGAGAAGAUAGGGAGAUGCGACUGGAUGGUAGACGACGAGCACAAGGGAUCUGAGAGAGAGAUCUGA